AUUAACAUUCACGAAAGAGAGGCUCUCUGGUGAAGCAUUAAGGAUGGGCCAAUACGUCUUUUUCGAAUCGAUACGAUACCGAGUACGAUACUGACUUUUUUCUUCGAUAUAGAUAUCGAUACCGAUACUGUGACUUCAUUGAAAUACAUAGUAAGUCACGUGAUCUGAUUGACUAAAUGAAGGCACUCUCGCACGGUUUGCUGUUAAGUUCUAUAUAGUAGCAUCAACAAGACAGUCAAACAAGUAAAAAAUUUCAAUUUAUUGGGACUCAUUUUUGAUUUUCUCGAGGAAAUGAAGAACACCGCAGUGGUACAAUCUUUCUACUUACUAUAUUAAGCAAUCUGCAACUUUCACUAGCAUUUAGGUAUGAUCAUGAAGCGUACGAUGACGGGUUAUCAGUCACUGCACGCGUCACUGAUAAUAACUGAAAAUGGGUGCCCGACUCAUUAUGGAUCCUACGCUUCAAUACUCGAUACAUCAGAGACUCCCUGGUAUACAGGACCACUCGCAGAGAUCGAUGCAAUGUCGCUUUUAGCCGAUCACAAGUUGCUUUUGGGAGCUGUGGGGAUAGCAGUGACAUCUGCAGUGGCAGGUUUUAGUAUUAGUCGGAUAUUUCAACGUCGAAAUUUAAGCCUCUAUAAAAUCAGCGAGGAGGACAAUCCAGUCGCUAAAUAUGUAACCGAAUAUGGUAUCCGCGAACCAUCGGCGCUCGCCAGCCUGAGAAAGGCAACUGUAAAGCUUCCAUUAGGUGACAUGCUUUGUAGUUCUGAUGAAGCUCAACUUAUGAGGCUAUUCAUAGAAUUGAUUAAAGCCAAAAAGGUUAUAGAGAUAGGUACUUUCACUGGCUAUAAUACUCUUAGUAUGGCUAUAGCUCUGCCAUCUGAUGGCAAAGUUGUGUCAUGUGAUAUCACAGACAAGUUUAUGAAAGAGAUUGAUGCUCACCGUUACUUUCAAGAAGCUGGUGUUGAGUCGAAAGUUGAAUUUAAGAUACAGUCUGCACUCACUACUCUAGAUGAACUUAUUGCUGCAGGAGAAGCUGAAAGCUUUGACCUUGCUUUUAUUGAUGCUGCAAAGACUGAAUAUGACCAGUAUUAUGAGAAAUCUCUACAGCUUCUGCGUCAGGGAGGGUUGAUAGUAGUUGACAAUGUUUUGCUCAAUGGUUCAGUUUGUGACCCCAAGAAAGUAGCUACAAAGCCAAGGACAAGAGCAAUACACAACUUGAACACAAAACUUCACAAAGACACUCGUGUGACCAUCAGUAUGAUUCCCUUCUCAGAUGGUGUGACGAUAGCAAUAAAGCUCUAACUUGUUAUUAAUUUUAGACUGACAGUGACACAAAUGUAUAUGAAUCCAUCAGUCCCCUAGUUUUUUAUAAAGGGUACAGCCUGAAUGCUUGAAUAAAGUUCAUAUACUGCAAAGUUCAUAUAGGACAGAAGAUUCUCUUGACAUUCCUCCUUCUUUCCUUUUACUAUUUAGUUUACUUUUACCUUUCCAAUAGUAAAGUUGAUUCAUUUAACUUAAGUUAAGCUUGCAUACCAGAGUAUAAGAGUAGCAUUGUAACCAAUGUGGGUUACCUUUUCUUGUAGUCUAGGUCUAAUGUUUGUUUAUUGUUGGUAAUGUUGUUAUUUGUUUGUUUCUAAUAUUGACUGAAAGCUAAAACACUACAAUGGAAAUUCACUGUUUGAUCACUCAGUAGCUAUGAUCACCCAUGGGUGAUGUAACCAUGUGUACACAGUACAUACACAAGUACAUGCUUGAAUGCAUGCACAAACAUACCUACACAAAUCCAAACAAACAAUAAUUUAAGAAACAUUUUAGAUUUAGCAGUGAAUCUUUUAGCACCUUUUGCAUACCUACGCAGGUGUAUACCCUCUUGAAAUAGAACUGGUUUACAUGUCCAUUUCUU